AGUCCCAGCCCCAGCAAGGCAGAACCUCCUUGCUUGCUCAUGUGGAUUAAAGGCCUGGGCUCUGCUAAAUCCUAUCAGAAUGUGGUGGAAGCAGGAGUUCACAAUAUCAAGAACAUGGGUUCUCUGUAAUAGGUUAUAGAUGUGGCUGAUAGCAGGACGUCUGGUGACCUCUGAUGUUCUCUUGCUUCUGGGCCUCAUUGUUUCUGUUACACAUACAUUAAUGCUCUGAGUCUAGGCUUAAACAGACAGCUUUAUACCCUCAGAUGGGAAACAUCCAGGAUAUCAAUCACCGGGUGUGGAUCCUUCAGGGCCAGACCCUCAUAGCAGUCCCAAGGAAGCAACACACAGUUUCAGUCACUGUUACCUUAAUACCAUGCCAGCAUCCGGAGACCCUUGAGAAAGACAGAGGGAACCCUAUCUAUCUGGGACUGAAGGAGCCAGAGCUCUGCCUGUUUUGUACAAAGGUCGGGGAGCAGCCUACCCUGCAGCUGCAGGAACAGAAAAUAAUGGAUUUGUACAAGGAACCGGAGCCUGUGAAGCCCUUUCUCUUCUACCACAACCAGAGUGGCAGGAACUCCACCUUUGAGUCUGUGGUCUUCCCCGGCUGGUUCAUUGCUGUUAGCUCGGAAGGAGGCUCUCCUGUCAUUCUUACCCAAGAACUGGGGACAGACAACAUGGCUGACUUUGAGCUAACUAUACAGAGUUAAGGUACAUUUCUCUGUGGUAUUAUAUCAAGACCUUUUGGAUGCUGGCAAGAAGAGGCAGUUAGAGAAGUUCCACCAAAAAGAAGAAAGCAAAAAGAAAGCAGAGCCCUCCCUGGGCUUGGCUUUUGUCUUAGUGAAGUUACAUGUUCUGGGGCUAGUCUGGAUGAUGAACUGCUGUUGUUUAUGAAGCUUUCACCUAACACCUCAUCACUGGCUCUCAUGAAGAGUUAAAUUUGUGGAA